AUGAGUGAACGCGAGAACCCAACUAGUUCCGGUUCUAAAGACCAGAAUGAAGCGAACAGGACCUCAUCCCAACCAGUACCUAUGGCCUCAAGUAACAGCAGCUACUUUUCUGGAGAACCAAUUCACUUCAGGGUCAGAGGUUCAACAAUCACAGGAGCAUCGCCACCCCAGUUUGUGACAUUAGAGGAUAUUAUGAAGGCAGCUCAUGGAAUGCAAAACAUGGCUUUAGCCCACGAGAUUGCUGUUGAUAACGAUUUUAAGUUGGAACCAUUUGAUCCUCCAGACAACAGUUACCAAAAGUUGGUGAAAGAAACAAUGCACAGAGCAUACUUUGACAUUUUGAGGGAACAGCUAAAUUCCAAUCCUCCUGAAUACAAACAAGCAUUAAUAUUACUGGAAGACGUUAAACAGGGUCUCUUCUCAAUAUUAUUACCAAGACAUACCCGCAUCCGUGAGAUGAUUGAGGAGGUCAUAGAUGCAGACUUCAUAAAACAACAAGCUGAGACCAACAGUCUGGACUUUAAGAAAUAUGCCAACUUCGUUGUAGACCUCAUGGCCAAACUAGCUGCCCCAGCAAGAGAUGAAAUGAUACAAAACAUUACCACACUCACCGAUACUGUAGAGGUCUUUCGAGCUAUUCUAGAAGCACUUGAAGUACUGAAGCUAGAUCUGGCCAAUACAUUGAUCACUAUGAUCCGUCCUCACGUUCAGAAAGAAAGUGUCCAGUACGAACGAGCCAAGUUUGAUGAAAUGCUUAAAGUUUCAGAGGACGGCCUUCAAAAUACUAGGGAGUGGUUAAAACGACACAUCGACAAAACUGAUCUCAGUAUACCGGUCACUGAUCAGAACAUAAUCAGGAACGUCACCGCCCAAACCUUAGCCAAGGCAUACCUAGAGCUGUUGGAGUGGGAUUCGAGUAAAGGGUACCCGGAGACGGUAGCCAUAGACGCGCCCCGGUUCUCAGAGCUGGGGGUGCAGGUGUACCGGAUGUCGUGCGCGGCCGCGCUGCUUCUGGCCAGCCCCGCGUGCUCCAGCGACGCCGACACCGCCGCGCGACACAAGGAAGCCCUCAAACAGAAGCUCUUCAUCAUCAUCGACGAGGCCUCCAAUGAUACAGAACUAAGAUCGGUGCUGCCAUCUGUCGCCGAGGAGGUUGUAUUAGCAACGGAACAACUGCUAGAAAAAUUGAACCAGCCUCCGCUGAACUCAGAGACGAAGGAACUCAUACGAACCCAAAUAAUCUCCCUGGGUGAUCCCGAGCAUAGAGUUAGAGAGAUUGUCCGUCAACGAGUUCUGGAGUUUCUGAAGGUCAUACUGGUGUGCGGCGGAGGAUCCCGUCAGAUACCCGUCGGCCUGUCGGUGUUGUCGCGGGAGCUGACCGACGUCUCGGGGACCCUGCUGCGGUACGUCAUGCACAACAAAGCUGUCUUCACGCAGCACUACCUCGACAUCGUCGCCGAGGAGUUGAGUAGGAACUGAAACCAGUUGCCUUCCAACCGGAGCACGUAACAGUUCUCCUGUACUCAUAAGCAUGUAACGUAAAGAGUGUUCACGAGUGAUCACGGUUUGUGAGAGAGUGAGAGUAUUCUUUAUGGUACACCAACAAAACAAUUCGAAAGAUUAAAUACAAAAAAGUAUAAUUAGCGGUCUUAUAGCUAGCUAAGAGCGAUGUCUUUCAGACAACCAUCAGGUGGAAUCAUUUGUAAACGAAUUACACACGGUGUACCAGUUAAUUGAAAUAUAUAUAAUAUACAUACAUAAACAUACACAAAUUCACAAAAGUGUGUUUACAUUACUAAUAUCAAGUGUGGUGAUUGCAUUUAAACUGCUUUUCUUCUCGAAGUCCAAUAAUUCGGGUCAAUGAACUCCGCCAUAGCGUCGACUUUCCUAGCGGUUCAUACUUUGUGUAGAGCUCAAUCAGCUACUCACAUGAGUCAUCCAAACAAGUGAUUUGAAAUAGCAAAAAUACUAGGUGAUACAAUAAUACCUAUUAUAAGAACUGUAUAACUCUUAUCGUAUGAUAAAAACAGGAGCAACGCUAUAUAUAACACUAUAGCGCUAAGAUAUCUCAUACGAAAAUAAUGAUUUAGCUUAAUACUCAUUGUGCAAACGCGCGAUGUGCGACUUUAGUAAAAGGAUGACUAUUUAUACUAAUAAAUCGACACUCCAAUAUUUAAAUUCAUCAUUUUAUGUAUGUAUAAUGUCUUCGCAUUUCAUGUUUGGCAUUUUUUCAUGUAAAGAUGGAAAAGAAGUCAUUUCAUUCGAGUCAUUUUUUAAUCAACGAAUAGCAAAGUUUGUGAAAACUAAAAAAAACAUUUGACAGAGAAAAAAAAUGAUUUGUCUGAAGUUGUGUUGUUGUGUAAAAAAUGUUUUGCGUAUUUAUUUAUAAAGAGAUAUUGUAAACGAAAUAUUAUUUAUUUAUUUUCCUACUUCGAGAACGGUUUUCUUACACCCUGUAUAAAAAACUAUGUCUUUGCUAGGUCAGUCGUAUGCAUUUAAUCUAUGUCAAAUUUAAGAAAUACUAAUGCUGUUUUCAACACUACAUAGAAAUUAUCUAUUUUAUUAUUUAUUACUAACUAAUAUUGAAAAAAUAUAAUAUUUUGUAGAAUUAAAAUUAGGUAGCCUAAAACAUCUAAUCUCUAAAAAUAAUUUAUAUAUACUGCUAUCAUUCACAGUUUCAUGAAACUAAUCUAACUUUUUUCAAAUGAAGACUACUAUAUUCUAAUUUUAACUAAACUAAUAUUUACAAUUUUACAUUACUUCAUUACAAUGCUCUUUAUUGGACCUUUGAAUUAUCAUUAAACAUGUUUUUAUAUUAGUGACUUUUAAAUUUUUAUUUGAAUCAGAAAUUCUCAGCAAUAAACGUGUUUAAAUAUAUAGUAAUAUUCAUAUAAAUAGUAAAUAAUGACAGUAAAACUUGCCAAUAAUAAUAUAAAUGAAAACUUUGCAAUGCAUCUUAUUAAUUAUGAAUUUAAAAAUUCCGUAUGUAACUCUUAUGAUUAAUUUUCGUCCAUUAUAUUACCUUUAUAUGAAUUUCAAGUUCCGUUGAACUAACUCUAAAAACAACAAAUAUUAAAAAAAAAACCUAAAUAAACGGUACCAUAUUAGUGGUGUUUAGAGGUCUUCUCUGAAUGUGCCUAGUCAAUAUUGUGGUGCUCCAUAAAAUUUACAUUAAAAAAAUUUACUAAUGAAAUUGCCCCCUCUAUAUAGAUUAUUAUCUGUAGAUAUGUGGACUCAAUAAGGUUUUACACUACAUAAUAGUGAAAUUACAAUUAUGAUGUAAGUUUAAGAAACUAGAGAUUAAAAUAAUAAUUGUUACAUCUACAAGCUUGCUUAAAAUUUAAUUAGCGCUUUUACUUGUACGUUGACAAAAAUAGAAGAAUAUUUUUGAAUCUCGUAUGGCUUGAUACGUGCAUUGGUAGCGAAAAUGUGUUUUAGAACAAAAAAAAUCAUAUUACAUGACAUUGGAAAUAAGAUAGUAUCUUCUUAAAUUACAUAGAUAGUAUUUUGCUUCGUAUGCAAUAACAACGAAGCCCGUAUUUGCCCGAUAUUUGGUAACUAGCACUGAUGACGUCAUCAUAUUUAUGAGCACUACUACAAUAAUACUUUCGGUAGGCAGCGGCAUGGCUCUGCUCCUGGCAUUGCUGAAGUCCAUGGGCGACGGUAACCACUUACCAUCAGGUGGGCCGUAAGGUCGCCUGCCUACAAAGGUAAAAAAAAAUAAAAAAAAAAAUACUAAGCUAGAUAAUUUCAGUACUGUUAAAUAUUUUCUAAAAUUAAACAAACAAACAUCAUAGAAGUAAAAUUGUCAGAGCCCUUGUGUUAAUUAUAAUCUAAGUGGAUUCGGUGCUAAUUACUAAGACAUAAUUACGAAAUACACUGAAAGAAUAAAACGCAUUUUCAUAAUAAUAUGUUCUGAAAAAACUUUAGAUUUUGUACAAAAAAAUACUAUAUGUAUUUUGAACUUGUAUAUUAUAUUACACAAAUAUAUAAAUAAUGAUUCAUCAAUGUUUUGAUUGUAUUAUUUUAAGAGAUCAAAUUAAAUAAUCAGCGCAAGGUCGCUCGCUUUGGCAUCAGAAACGAUAAAGAUAAUAAUAAACUAAUGUAACAUUUUAAAAUAAAUUAUAUAAUAUUUUGACAAAUUAAUAGUUAUGUAAUUAUUAUAGUUUAACUAAUGUAAUCUAUCACAAUUCUAAAAAUGACAAAUGCAUACUACGAAACUCUUCGCAUUUGAGUGUAUAAUAAUGGGAACAAUUAUUUUUUUUAACAUGUAAUCCAAUAAAUAU